UUUUAAUGUCUGAAAUUAUUUUUGAUAAACGAUACCGAAGUUUAUACAAAUGGAAGUAAAACAAGAAGAUAGUGAUGAGACGUGUCAAGCAGAAAUAUAUUAUCAUGCUGUUGAUGAUGGUCUUUUGGAUAUUUGUAAAAUUGAAGUUAAGGAGGAACCUAAAAGAGAAAGUACACAGGAUACAUUUGAUUAUGUAGCCUCAACGAAAAUUCCCAUAAAGACUGAAAUAGAACCGGCGGAACAUAAACUUACGUCAUUAGAAAGACGAACAAAUCCAAGCGUGAUGGGAUAAACUGUGCUUCUGCAAUCACCGGUAUAACUGUGAUCGUGAUUUUUACCUGUGAUUGUGAUUUAAAGCAAGGAAAUAGUUGUAUGCACAUGUAAAACUUUUCUAUUUUUAUUUGGCACUGGAGGCAUUUUUA